UGCCUGCUAAGUACAUGGGGUUUCCCCGCGAGAGUUCGAAUCUCUCAGGCGACGUUUUAUUAUCCUUUUUCUAAUUUCGCGCAUUUUUCUAAUUUUAAAUAAUUACUAUAACUAUUUAGGGUUCUUCUCCGAUCCGAUGAUGAAAUCGAAUGGAUCCCGUCUUUCAUCUCCGCUAACUGUCGAUUUCGAUGCUGAAACGAUAAAGGUAAUUUUGUGGUGAUUGUAAUUCAUGGAAAGUCCCCACUCUGUCAACAGUCCUAGAAGAACGCUCAGUUUGUCAAGACAGCGGAGGCCAUAUGCAUCCUUUCCUGACCAAGAUGACAAAACCUCUGGCUUUGGAUUGUCUGGCGACCAUGGUCCUAAGCCUUCUGAAGUUUAUGGUUUUCUGGGAUCCAUAACCACUGUUGUUGCUUCAGUUAUUUUCUUGGUAUGGGCAUAUGUUCCAGAAUCAUGGCUACAUUCUAUUGGCAUCACUUACUAUCCUAGCAGAUAUUGGGCUCUGGCAGUACCAACUUAUGUGAUGGUGAGCAUUGUAUUAAUGCUGGGAUUCUACAUUGGUCUUAACUUCAUUUCAACUCCUUCUCCUGCAUCUAUAUACACAGUUUUUGAUGAAUUCAGUAGGGAUCCUCUGAGUCUUGAUUGCUCGCUAGCGGGAGAGGAGAAGCCUAUCGACCCUAUAUCUGAUAUUGGUAUUGACAGAAUCAAUGAUGUUAUGUUCAAUAAUGCGGCCUAACGAUUAGACCUCACUCCAAUAGUUGCUGCUAAACAGGUGCUGUUAUUGGCUUCUCUCACAUUACAUUGAGAGGUUUAGCUAUUAGAAGAGUUGUCUUGUUAGAGAAUCUCAGAAGAGAUUGAAUUGUCUUGUUAGAAAAUGAUUGAUUCUAUUAUUCUUUAUUGUCACCACCCAAGAAUGGUUUUGCGACCAAA